UCUCUCUCUAAACAAACAAGAAAAAAUUACGCGUUUUCCCCCUUUAUUCAUUAUUGCUCAUGCCUCACUACCUCUACACAGAAUCCGUAUACCCCCCACAAACAAUGCAAAAAUUCUAUUGAGGUAGAAGCUGAGAGGCUUGUUUGGUAGUUGUUGGAUUUAAAAAAAAAAAAAAAAAAGAUUUGAUCUUUUUUGUAGGGUUGAAUUGAAAAGGCGUGCAUAGAUCUUGUUUGUUGUAUAAGAAAAAAAAAUGAAGAUUGUGAAGUCUGUCAAUUCAUCUCAGUGCCCAGGUUUAUGUGGAUUUUUUAUUGUGGAAGCUUAUCCCAAAAGGUAUUCUUCCAAGAUCCCCUCUGAUUUGGUACUUUUCCUGGGUUUAGGGUUCAUAGAUUGGUAAAUAUAUAUUUUUCUUGUUUUUUUUUUUUUAAUUUUAUAAAUAAUAAGAAGACGAUACAUAUUUUGUGUUAUCUUUCCUUUUUUAUUUAGUAAUUUUUGGAAUUAUGAAUUUGAUGGGCUUGAUUCAAUGUCUCCCACCUGUAUUUGGAGGGUUCACGGAGAUUCAUGGGUUAGGGUUAGACAUAGUCUUCAUCUAGAUUUCUCUUAAUUUUUACUCUAGGGGUUAAGAUCCUUUUUUCGAUUUCGGUUUUCUCUUAAUUGGGUAAGUUUAAAAUGGAUAGAUUUACGGUUUUUUCGAUUGAGGUGGGAGAUUCUAUCUGGGAUUGACAUAUACACAUACACACACACACACACAAUGAAGGUGUUUACGAACAUCGAUUCUCCAUCAAAAUGGUAGUCGGUGUGAAAAGACCCGUACCGAAAGAAAAUGCCCUCCGAAAAAGAGAGAAUCUUUGAAAUGGCCGAUGCUCUGCUAACAACUUUCAAACUCGAGAACCACCACCCUUCAACCCUGCUAUCCAUGGACUCGAGCGCUACGUCAGCGCACGAAGAGUUAGACCUAGAAAUGAACCGCCAGGUUGUUCUAACGCUCCCGCCCGAUAUCAACCUGCCCCUCUCGGCCGAGCGGAGCCCACCUCCACAGCAGCCAUGGAAUUCCGACCACUGCGACAUUCUUGAUGUUGGACUAAGCACUCAGAUUUACGAAACCGAGAGCUUUCUCACAGUGCCGAAAAUCGGUAAAAAAAUCGCAAAGAGAGUCGACAGCAUAUGGGGAGCUUGGUUCUUCUUCAGCUUCUACUUCAAACCGGUGCUCAACGAAAAAUCGAAGGCGAAAAUAACACGCGACGGAAAUGGAGUAUCCGGUUUCGAUAAAUCGGAUCUCCAGCUGGACACUUUCAUGGUGCAGCACGAUAUGGAGAAUAUGUACAUGUGGGUUUUCAAGGAAAAACCCGAAAACGCCCUUGGGAAGAUGCAGCUCAGGAGUUACAUGAACGGGCAUUCUCGUCAAGGCGAACGGCCUUUUCCGUUUAGUGUGGAUAAAGGGUUUGUCCGUUCGCACAGGAUGCAGAGGAAACAUUACAGGGGGCUGUCCAAUCCUCAGUGUGUUCACGGCGUCGAAGUCGUCUUUUCACCCAGUCUAUUAGGGCUCGAUGAAGACGAUCGAAAGAGAUGGAUGGAGUUAACUGGUAGAGAACUCAACUUCACUAUUCCCCAAGAAGCUAGUGAUUUUGGCUCGUGGAGGAAUUUGCCCAACACUGAAUUCGAACUCGAGAGGCCACCGCCCCCAUUGAAGCCUACUACUACUACUACUAAUAGUAAUAAUAGUAAUAAUAUUAAUAAUAGUAAUAAUCACUCGAAGAAGUUGCUGAAUGGAUCAGUGCUCAACUUGUCGACAGCUCACCACACAAAUGGAGAUGCUGCUGCUCAUGCAAUAAUAGAUCUUUCACCAAUUACCAACAACAAAAGAAAGAAGGAUUUCUUCAUACAGGGCAAUGGCGACGAUUGUUAUAUUGAAGUUCAAGAAAACGGGCCCCAGUGGCUAAACGGGUUUAGCGGAGUAAUGAACAAUAUUUACGGACCCGUUACAGCUGCGAAAACGAUCUAUGAAGAUGAAGAAGGGUAUCUAAUCGUAAUGAGUUUGCCAUUUGUGGAUCUUCAACGGGUGAAGGUUUCUUGGAGAAACACACUCACGCAUGGGAUAAUCAAAGUGUCUUGUUUGAGUACUUCCCGAACCCCGUUUAUCAAGAGGCACAACCGGACUUUCAAGCUGACGGAUCCAAAUACAGAGCAUUGCCCGCCCGGAGAAUUUGUUAGGGAGAUACCACUUUCGACCCGUAUUCCGGAAGAUGCCAAUAUUGAAGCGUAUUAUGACGGGCAGGGUACAGUGCUGGAGAUUUUGGUCCCAAAAUUACGGGAGGGUCCGGAAGAACACGAGGUUCGUGUUUGUCUUCGUCCACAUCAUGGGGCUAAUGAUCUUAUGUUGACCUAAAAAGAAAUCAAGAAAAUGGGAUGCUACUACUUAGGUCAGAUGAAGAGUGGCUAUUACUGUGUUGUUGUUGUUGUUUUUUUUAGUGCCUUUUUAUCGGUUGAUUGUGGCAUUGAAGUUGUAUCGGAAUUAUUGGGAGAUUGGCUUCCUUUUUUGUUUUAUGAUUUCCUAUCAUAUAUUAUUUAUUUCGUCUUCCGUUGCA